AUGUCCAACGACCUCCCGCGUCUGCAAGCGUUUUCAUACGCCGCUCUUCCAUCCACCUCCACAGCUGAUUCUCGAUACUGGCGGAAAUACAAGACUCCUUUGCUCGUCAAGGAAUACGCUGGUGUGUCGCAUAUUGACUUUUCACCUAUUGCGCCGCAUGAUUUCUGCGUGACGGCGAGUACGCGUUUGCAAAUCUAUAGCGCACGCACACGUUCUGUGAGUAAGACGAUUUCACGAUUCAGUGAGACUGUGUUUUCUGGGACAUUCAGACGGGAUGGGAAAUUGCUGAUUGCUGGGGAUGGAUCAGGUCUGGUGCAGGUGUUUGAGAGUGGGUCACGGAGUAUCUUGAGGAGUAUUCGACAUCAUCGCCUCCCGGUUCAUGUGACACAGUUCUCACCACACGACCAAACGACCUUAUUGACGGCAUCGGAUGAUAAAACGGUGUGUCUGUGGGAUAUGCCGACGCAAGCACCGCUUCGCAUCUUUAAAGGUCAUGAAGAUUAUGUACGCACUGCUGCGUUUUUGCCCAAUACACCUCAUUUGGUUGUGAGUGGUGGGUAUGACCAGACUGUGCGUGUGUGGGAUCAACGCUCCUCAGAACACACUGGACAAGUCAUGCAAUUCUCACACGCGAGUAACGUCGAACGCCUCCUUCCCAUUUCACAAAGCGGCACAACCCUUGCGUCUGCGGGUGGUUUGGAUGUACGUAUCUGGGACCUCGUUGGUGGUCGCUCUGAACCGCUACGCACACUGCAGAAUCAUGCGCGCGGUGUGACGUGUCUUGCAACGACACAGGCAGGGUCACGCUUAUUGAGUGGUGGUGUGGAUGGACAUUUGAAGGUGUAUGACACGCAGAGUUGGAAAGUGGUGCAUAGUGUCAAGUACCCGGGACCUAUUUUGUCGGUGGGUGUAUCGCCUGAUGAGAAGCAUUUGGUGGUGGGAUUGACGAGUGGCUUGCUGAGUAUUCGGACGCGGAGUCAACGGUCUUCAGUGAGUAAGACUGCGGCGAGUGGGCGGAAGGCAACGAGCACUGUGUCGCGGAUGCUUCGUGGUGCGGAGUAUAAAGGCGGUGCGGCGGAUCGUGUGGUUCAGGAUGAAGCGGUGCUGGCACGGGAGAGCGGCAAGUUGAAAGCACACGACAAGGCACUUCGACGGUACGCAUACAGUGAUGCGUUGGAUAUGGUGUUGAAGGCAGAUACGGAUGCCAUGAUGACCUUGUCUGUGCUGCGUGAGUUGCAGAAACGCGGUGGACUACGACAAGCACUACAGAACAGGGAUGAGGCGUCGUUGUCUCCGCUGAUCAAGUAUGUGACACGGUAUGUUGCAGAUGUACGGUUCUGCGGUGUGUGUGUGGAUGUGAGCAUGACGCUGCUGGCUGUGUAUGGGGGUGCGCUAGGCGGGGAUGCGGGUGUGAGCAUGCUGGUGGACCGGCUGAGUGAGCGUGUGUGUGAGCAGGUGUUGAGGGCGCGUGAGGCUGAGGCUGCGUCAGGUGUGCUGAAGAUGCUGUUUGCUGCUAGUCAGUGCUAG